AAGAAGAGGAAGAGGAGCAAAGGGGGACGGCCUUGUUGCUUUCAUUUGAAGUAAAAAAAAAAACCAAAAUGCAGAAGUGACGAGUUCAGUUGACACCCUCCUGAAAGAGAGACAGGAAAAUAAAAACAGGGGAAUCAAGAGACGAGACGUAGACUUAGAGGAGUAGAAAGGACUGGCGCUGUGUAUGUCAGUAUGGCUCCUUGGAUGAGGACCACGGCAGAGCGCUAUGGAGUGGUAAAAUGGAGUUUUGACGGCACGGGAGAGAAUCACCUCUCCCUGGAGAUCGGAGACACGGUCUACAUAAGGGAGGCCUGUGAAGGAUGGUACCGAGGCUACUUGGCCAGGAACAAGUCCCAGCUGGGCGUGUUUCCUGCCAGCUACGUCCACCUUAAAGAAGUCGUCGUUGAAAGACGAGAGAAUGAGGAGGUGGUGAUGUCUUCGGAGAUGCCCCUGGUGAAGGAGGUGACCACCACACUGAGGGAGUGGGGGAGCAUAUGGAAACAGCUGUUUGUGGCCAACAAAGACGUGCGUGUGAAGCAAGUCCAGAGGCUGAUGUGGGAGCUGAUGGAGUGGCGUUCCCAGCUCCUGUCUGGCACGCUGCCCAGCGACGAAUUCAAGGAGCUCAAGCAGAAAGUCACCUCCAAGAUCGACUAUGGCAACAAGAUCCUGGAGCUGGACCUGGUGGUUCGAGAUGAGGACGGCAACAUCCUGGAGCCCGAACGGACCAACGUCAUCAGCCUGUUUCGGGCCCACGAGGAGGCCACGGCCAAGAUCAGUGAGCGCAUCAAGGAGGAGCAGUCCAACAUCCAGACAGACCACAGUGGGAUCUCAGCACGGAUCCAGUCGUCGCCCACCCACAGCCUUUAUGUGUUCGUCAGGAACUUUGUGUGUCGCAUUGGAGAGGACUCUGAGCUCUUCAUGUCCCUGUACGACCCCAUCAAACAGACCAUCAUCAGUGAGAACUACCUGGUGCGUUGGGGCAGCAAGGGCUUCCCCAAGGAGAUCGACAUGCUGAACAACUUGAAGGUUGUCUUUACAGACUUGGGCAACAAGGACCUGAGCAGGGAGAAGAUUUACCUCAUCUGUCAGAUAGUGAGAGUGGGAAGGAUGGACAUGAAGGAGACGAACAACAAGAAGUCCACUCAGGGCCUGAGGCGGCCGUUUGGGGUGGCAGUAAUGGACAUAAGUGACAUCAUCAAAGGGAAAAUUGAAAGUGAUGAGGAGAAGCAGUUCUUCAUCCCCUUCUUCCCGGUUGUCGCCGAGAACGACUUUCUGCACACCUUGCUGAACAAAGUGACGGCGUCGCGAGGAGACAGCGGCGGCCAAGGUCUGUGGGUGACCAUGAAGGCUUUGGUCGGAGACAUAGUCCAGAUCCGGAAGGAGUACCCGCACCUGGUGGACCGCAGCACCGUGGUGGCGCGCAAGCUGGGUUUCCCCGAGAUCAUCAUGCCGGGGGACGUCCGCAACGACAUCUACCUCACGCUACAGGGCGGCGACUUCGACAAGUACAACAAGACCACGCAGAAGAACGUGGAGGUCAUCAUGUGGGUGUGCGACGAGGACGGCAAGAUCAUACAGAACUCCAUCUGUCUGGGAGCAGGGGACAAGCCAGUGGGCGAGUACAGAUCCGUCAUCUACUACCAAGUCAAACAGCCCCGCUGGAUGGAGACGUUUAAGGUGGCGGUCCCCCUGGAAGAAAUGCACCGGAUCCAUUUACGCUUCAUGUUCAGACACCGCUCUUCCCAGGAGUCCAAGGACAAGAGCGAAAAGAAUUUCGCCAUGGCCUUUGUGCGUCUGAUGAAGGAGGAUGGAACAGUUUUACAGGAUGGGCUGCAUGACCUCAUAGUUUUUAAGGGUGACAGCAAGCGCAUGGAGGACGUGAACUGCUACCUGUCGCUGCCCUCGACCCGCCCCCAACACGGCGACGCCCACAAGGGGGCGGGGCUUAACCGCAGCCCCAGCAGCGUGUCCGGCGGUGGAGGAGGCCUGUCCGUCAGCUCCAGAGACACCUUCACCAUCUCCACCCUGGUCUGCUCCACCAAACUCACCCAGAAUGUGGGUCUGCUGGGCCUGCUCAAGUGGAGGACUCGGCCCGAGCUCCUCAGAGACAACCUGGAGAAGCUGAAAAUCAUCGACGGAGAGGAGGUGGUGAAGUUCCUGCAGGACACUCUGGACGCCUUGUUCAACAUCAUGAUGGAGCACUCGCAGACGGACGACUACGACAUCCUGGUGUUUGAUGCCUUGAUCCACAUCAUAGGUCUGAUCGCUGACAGGAAGUUCCAGCACUUCAACACGGUGCUGGAGGCCUACAUCAAGCAGCAUUUCAGCGCCACCCUGGCCUACAAGAAGCUGAUGUCGGUGCUGAAGAGGUAUCUGGACGUGUCGAGUCGGGGAGAGCAGUGCGAGCCCAUCUUCCGGACCCUCAAAGCCCUCGAGUACAUCUUCAAGUUCAUUGUCCGCUCGCGCAUGCUCUACUCCCAGCUCUACGAGGGGAAGGAGCAGGCUGAGUUUGAGCAGUCGCUGAGGAACCUGUUCGAGUCCAUCAACAACCUGAUGAGAACGGACUACACCACCACUCUGCUGCUCAGGGUUGCUGCCCUGAAAUACCUGCCAACAGUCCUGCAUGAUGUGGAGAAAGUGUUUGAUGCCAAACUCCUCAGUCAGUUGCUGCAUGACUUUUAUUCCUGCAUCCCCCCUGAGAAACUCCAGAAACAGAAGGUGUCCUCCAUGACAGAAAUUGUCAGCAGCCAACUCUUUCAGAGACAAGAGUGCCGCGACGUGCUGUUACCCAUGAUGCUGCGGGAGCUGAGUGGAGCGCUGGCCACUAUGGCUGACGGACCUUACGACGACAGGAAGAACAGCCUGGAGCUGCUCAACAACAUCCUGGAAGUCCUCAGCAGAGGCAGCAUGGGGGAAACAUUUCAGCAUAUUCAGGACAUUGCAGUGUCUCUGCUCAGGAUCAUCAACCAGACCGUCAUCACAAUGGGCCGAGAACAUGUUCUUAUCUCCAGAGUCGUUGCCUGCAUGACAUCCAUUCUCAGUCAGAUGGACGACUCCCACUACGCUAUAUACAUAGAAACAUUUGCUGGAGCCACAGAUCUAGUGGACUUCCUGAUGGAGUCCUUCCUACUUUUUAAGGAUCUGAUUGGGAAGCAUGUGUAUCCCUCUGACUGGAUGGCCAUGAUCAUGGUACAGAACAGAGUGUUCCUGAGAGCCAUCAACACUUACGCCGACACCAUGAACCAGAAGUUCCUGAACAACGACGACUUUGAAGUGCAGCUGUGGAACAACUACUUCCACUUGGCCGUGGCGUUUAUUACCCAGGAGUCUCUGCAGCUUCAGCACUUCUCGUCGACCAAGAGGAACAAGAUUCUGGCCAAAUAUGGAGACAUGAGGCGACUCAUUGGCUUUGCUAUACGUGACAUCUGGUACAAACUAGGCAGUCAUAAGAUCAGUUUCAUCCCCGGCAUGGUGGGUCCCAUCCUGGAGAUGACUUUGAUCCCUGACGAGGAGCUGCGGAGGGCGACCAUCCCCAUCUUCUUCGACAUGAUCACCUGUGAACAUGCACAAUAUGGAAACUUCCAAAAGUUUGAGAAUGAGAUCAUUCUGAAGUUGGACCAUGAGGUGGAGGGUGGAGGAGGUGACGAGAGAUACAUGCAGCUACUGGAGACCAUCCUGCUGGACUGCGCUGCAGAGAAGCCCACGCUGAGGCCACAGGUGCAGCAUUUUGUCACCUUGGUGAAAGGGCUGCUCAUUCGUCUCCUUGACUACCGCACUGUGAUGAGCGAUGACAGCCGCAACAACCGCAUGAGCUGCACUGUCAAUCUUCUGAACUUCUACAAGGACAUCAACCGUGAAGGGAUGUAUAUCAGGUAUCUUUACAAGCUGAGAGACCUGCACUUGGAAGGUGAAAACUACACAGAGGCAGCGUACACACUGCUGCUGCACUCGCGCCUGCUCAAGUGGUCCGAUGAGAUGUGCAACCAGUUUGAGUACCACGGCUCGCAGACCCAGCGGCAGCUCAAAGAGAAUCUCUACGACACUAUCAUCGACUACUUCGACAAGGGCAAGAUGUGGGAAGAGGCCAUCACUCUCUGCAAGGAACUAGCUGAACAGUAUGAGAACGAGAUCUUUGACUACGAGUUACUCAGCAAGAGACUGGAAAAACAAGCCAAGUUCUAUGAGAACAUUAUGAAGAUCUUGCGACCCAAGCCAGACUACUUUGCAGUGGGCUUCUACGGGCACGGCUACCCUCCGUUCCUCAGGAAUAAGGUCUUCAUCCACCGUGGGAAGGAGUACGAGCGCAGGGAGGACUUCCAGAACCACCUGAUGAGCCAGUUCCCCAGCGCCAUGCGCCUCAACACGACCACCAUGCCGGGCGACGACAUCAAGAACUCUCCGCUUCAGUACAUCCAGUGUUUCACCGUGCAGCCAGUCCUCGAAAUCCCUCCUCGCCUCAAGAACAAGCCUGUGCCUGACCAGAUUAUCAACUUCUACAAGUCCAACUACGUGCAGCGCUUUCACUAUUCCAGACCUGUGAGGAAGGGACCUGUGGACCCAAACAAUGAGUUCGCUUCUAUGUGGAUUGAACGCACAACCUUCACCACCGUGUAUAAGCUGCCAGGGAUCCUGCGCUGGUUCGAAGCCAAUGACAUGAAACAUACCACCUUAUCUCCACUGGAGAAUGCAAUAGAGACCAUGGAGUCCACCAAUGACAAGAUUCUGACCAUGAUCAACCAAUACCAGGCGGACUGGAGCCUUCCCAUCAACCCCCUCUCCAUGCUGCUCAACGGCAUCGUGGACCCAGCCGUCAUGGGCGGCUUCGCUAAAUAUGAAAAGGCGUUCUUCACUGAGGAAUACAACCUGCAGCACCCGGAGGACAGGGAUAAGCUGGUGCGCCUCAAGGACCUGAUCGCCUGGCAGAUCCCGUUACUGGGCGGCGGAAUCUCUCUGCAUGGCAAGAGGGUGACCGAUGACCUGCGCCCGUUCCACGAUCGCAUGGAGGAGUGCUUCAAGCAGCUGAAGAAGAAGGUGGAGAAGGAGUACGGCGUCAGGGAGCUGUGGGACGUGGACGAGAGGAAGUCCACCCGCCCUCGCUCCAUGCUGCGCUCCUUCCGCCAGUCCAUCAUCUCCAUCUCCUCGAUGCCCGGAUCCGAGUGCGGGACUCCAACCAAGCUCCAGGCAGACAGGGACGUCCCCCCCGAGUCGCCCGUCUCCUGGAGCUCCACGCUGCCGCGCUCCAGUGGCAGCGUGGUGAGCGCGGUGGAGGAGGGCGUGGUGACGGUGGGCGAGGCGGAGGUGAAGCUGAGGAAGAGCAAGAAGAAGAAGAAGAGGAGCAGCAUGAUCUUCAUCACGGAGGAAAGAGAGCGCACCAGCACCCUGGACUGCAAGCGGCUGUCGAAGAAGCAGGAGUUCCGCAGCGACACCAACUUGUGCGAGGCGAACGACGGGAACGUGUUGUUGACAAACGCCAACUCCAGAUCCCUGCCUGCCAUCACAGGUUUCCCCUUGUCAGUGGUGGGAGGAGCAGAGGAGGUGGACGCCAGAGCGAGGAGGGACAGCAAGUCCAUGUCCGUCUGCGUGACCUCUGACCGCACAGCAGAUCGACGCUCAAAGGGCGUCAUUAACCUCUUCUUCAAGUCCAAGAGCUCCAAAUGUGAGGAUGUGAAACCCGGCGAACCGGCUAAAGGCGGUGACGUCCAUUUCUGAAAUCCAUUUUAAUUCCUUUUUUUUUUCCACCGUACUGAUUAAUAUGCACUUGUUUUACGUAAAGCUGCAACCAAAAGUAAACCCAUUCACUGGGGCUGCCUGUCAGUCUCCGUGUUGCCGUUGCCUUAAUAUAAUUGAUUUUAUCUAUCAAUAAAGGCUAUUUUUGUGGCGUGA